GUAAUUGACAUUAAAAACUGUCCAUUUGCUCAUAUUCCAAUAAUCUUUCAUCAAAUCCGGCUCAACCCAAAUAUGUUUUCCUCUAAAUCUUCUGCUGCUGCUGAUAUGAUCAAGCCAAGGACAUACGAUGUUUUCCUUAGCUUCAGAGGCAAGGAUACUCGUGAUGGUUUCGUGAGUCAUCUGUAUAAAGAUUUGGGUCGAAAGAAUAUCGAAACUUUUAUAGACGAUGAGGAGCUUCGAAAAGGAGAUGAAAUUUCAGGGGCGCUGUUGACGGCCAUUCAAGGAUCCAGGGUUUCAGUCAUUGUUUUCUCCAAAGACUACGCUUCUUCCAAAUGGUGCUUGGCUGAGCUGGUCAAGAUCAUGGACUGCAACAAAUGGGUUGUUCCUGUAUUUUACGGUGUAGACCCAAGAGAUGUGCGGAACCAAACAGGGAGUUUUGCAGAUGCAUUUGCAAAGCAUGAAGAAAAUUUCAAGCAUGAGCCAGCAAAGGUGAAAACCUGGAGAAGUGCUUUGACUGCAGCUGGCAAAUUAUCUGGUUGGGAUUCACAAGUCACUCGGAAUGACUCAACACUAGUAGAUAAAAUUAUGGAAGAUAUAGUGAAGAAACUGGAUUGGGGAACCUCAAGCGCUAAUUUAAAGGGUUUAGUAGGAAUUGAGAGGCGGAUGCAGGAAGUUUUGUCAUUAUUUCAAUAUGGAUUCCCAGAUUUCCGAAUGCUAGGCAUUUGGGGUAUGGGAGGUAUAGGCAAAACUACACUUGCCGAUGCAAUUUAUCACCAUGUUUCAAAUGGUUUCCAAAGCUGCUACUUUCUUGCAAACGUGAGAGAACAUGACGAACGAAGAGAAUUAUUAAAAUUGCGUAAGGAAUUUCUUUCAACCAUAUUAGAAGAUGAAAAUUUAUAUAUCUCAACGCCCACAAUCGGAUCAGGCUUUAUUAAGAACAGGCUUUCCAAGAAGAAGGUUCUGAUAGUUUGUGAUGAUGUGUCAAAGUUAAGCCAACUCGAGUUUUUAUUCGGCGGGAUUGAUCGGUUCGGUCCUGGAAGUCGAGUCAUUGUUACCAGUAGAAAUAAACAAGUGCUUAUCCAGUGUGGCAUUGAUCUCAUUUAUGAAGUGAAGGAAUUAGAUAAAGAUGAAUCUGUUCAGCUCUUCUGUCAACGUGCUUUCAAAAGUAAUAAUCCUAUAGAAUAUCAGUUGGAGCUAUCACAGAUGGUUUUAAGUGUUGCUAAUGGAAACCCUUUAGCUAUUAGACUUAUCGGGUCCUCUCUUUGUGGCAUGACCAAAAGCUAUCAGGAAAGUGAAGUAAAGAAACUAAAGCAAGUUCCUAAGCAGGACAUUCAGAAUGUGUUGAAAUGGAGUUUUGAUGGACUAGAUUGUGAAGAGAAAGAAAUGUUUCUUGACAUUGUUUGUUUCUUUAAGGGGAAGGAUCGAGACUAUGUAACAAGGAUUAUGGAUGCUUGUUAUGUCUCUGCACAUUCGGGAAUUGAGAAUCUCAUUAAUAAAUCUCUUAUAUCUGUUUCACGAGAUCAGAUAGCAGUGCAUGAUUUAUUGCAACAUAUGGGUUGGAAUAUUGUACACGAUGAAUCACCUUUAAAGCCUGAAAAACGCAGUAGGCUGUGGAUUCCUGAGGACAGCUAUGAUGUGCUAUCAAAAAACAAUGGAACGGAAAUGCUCAGAGGCAUUGAACUUGAUAUGUCCCAACUUGCAAAGUUGGAAUUGGAACCGACAGCCAUGAUGAAGAUGCGAAAUCUAAGAUUUCUCAAAUUCUAUCAUUCUUGUGGAAGAAUCUUACUUUUUAAAGGGCUUUUAUCAUUUCCUGAGGAGCUAAGGUACCUUUACUGGGAGGGAUACCCUUUGAGAUCUUUGCCCACCAAGUUUGAUCUAAGGUACCUAGUUGAACUUAAUAUGAGACGUAGCAAUGUCAAACAACUCUGGGAGGGAAAACAGGAUUUAGUAAAUUUGAAGGUUAUCACACUCGACUUAUCCCUGAACCUUAUAAGAAUCCCGGACCUCUCAAGUGCCCCAAAUCUUGAAACGAUAAACCUUCGCUGGUGUUAUAACUUGCGUGACCUUCCUUCAUCCCUUCAACAUCUUGAGAAGCUAACUCUUUUGAAUGUCAACUCUUGUAAAAAUCUUAGAUCUCUGCCUAGCUUUUACAAAGCCACAUCCCUUACCGAGCUUAAUCUUAUAGGCUGCUCAAAUCUGUGUAGUUUUCCAGAAAUCGUGGGCACCAUGGAGAGUUUGAGGCAUCUUGUUUUAAGUGGAAUGGCUUUGAAGGAAUUACCAUCCUCAAUUGGCAAUCUUAUUGGUCUUGAGAAUUUGCAUAUGAACAACUGUGAAAACCUUGUUUGCCUUCCUGGCAGCUUUUGCAAAUUGAAAUCUCUCGAGAGAUUCUAUCUUAAAGGUUGCUUGAGAUUGGAGAUUUUCCCAGAAAUCAUGGACACCAUGGAGAGGUUGUAUGAACUUGAUUUCAGUGGAACGGCUUUGAAGGAAUUACCAUCCUCAAUUGCCAAUCUUAUUGGUCUUGUGUAUUUGAGCUUGAACGACUGUGAAAACCUUGUUUGCCUUCCUGACAGCUUUUGUAAAUUGAAAUCUCUUACGACAUUCCGUCUUCAUGGUUGCUCGAGAUUGGAGAUUUUCCCGGAAAUCAUGGACACCAUGGAGAGGUUGUAUGAACUUGAUUUAAGCGGAACGGCUUUGAAGGAAUUACCAUCCUCAAUUGUCAAUCUUAUUGGUCUUGUGUAUUUGAGCUUGAACGACUGUGAAAACCUUGUUUGCCUUCCUGACAGCUUUUGUAAAUUGAAAUCUCUUGAGAGAUUCUAUCUUAAAGGUUGCUCGAGAUUGGAGAUUUUCCCAGAAAUCAUGGACACCAUGGAGAGGUUGUAUGAACUUGAUUUAAGCGGAACGGCUUUGAAGGAAUUACCAUCCUCAAUUGGCAAUCUUAUUGGUCUUACGCGUUUCAAUAUGAACAACUGUAAAAACCUUGUUUGCUUUCGUGACAGCUUUUAUAAAUUGAAAUCUCUUGAGAUAUUCAAUCUUAAAGGUUGUUCGAGAUUGGAGAUUUUCCCAGAAAUCAUGGACACCAGGGAGAGGUUGUAUGAACUUGAUUUAAGCGGAAUAGCUUUGAAGGAAUUACCAUCCUCAAUUGGAAAUCUUAUUGGUCUUACGCGUUUGAAUAUGAACAACUGUAAAAAUCUUGUUUGCCUUCCUGACAGCUUUUGUAAAUUGAAAUCUCUCGAGAGAUUCUAUCUUACAGGUUGCUUGAGAUUGGAGAUUUUCCCGGAAAUCAUGGACACCAUGGAGAGGUUGUAUGAACUUGAUUUAAGCGGAACGGCUUUGAAGGAAUUACCAUCCUCAAUUGCCAAUCUUAUUGGUCUUAAGUAUUUGGGAUUGAACAAUUGUGAAAACCUUAUUUGCCUUCCUGACAGUUUUUAUAAAUUGAAAUCUCUCGGGAGAUUCUAUCUUAAAGGUUGCUCGAGAUUGGAGAUUUUCCCGAAAAUCAUGGACACCAUGGAGAGGUUGUUUGAACUUGAUUUAAGCGGAACAGCUUUGAAGGAAUUACCAUCCUCGAUUGGCAAUCUUAUUGGUCUUCAGGAUUUGACAUUGCAAAACUGUGAAAAUCUUGUUUGCCUUCCUAACAGCUUUUAUAAAUUGAAAUCUCUCUCGAGAUUCUAUCUUACAGGUUGCUCGAGAUUGGAGAUUUUCCCGGAAAUCAUGGACACCAUGAAGAUGUUGUACGAACUUGAUUUAAGAGGAACGGCUUUGAAGGAAUUACCAUCCUCAAUUGGCAAUCUUAUUGGUCUUGUGCAUUUGAGCUUGGAUGACUGUGAAAACCUUGUUUUCCUUCCUGACAACUUUUAUAAAUUGAAAUCUCUGGAGAGAUUCUAUCUUAAAGGUUGCUCGAGAUUGGAGAUUUUCCCGGAAAUCAUGGACACCAUGAAGAUGUUGUACGAACUUGAUUUAAGAGGAACGGCUUUGAAGGAAUUACCAUCCUCAAUUGGCAAUCUUAUUGGUCUUGUGCAUUUGAGCUUGGAUGACUGUGAAAACCUUGUUCGCCUUCCUGACAGCUUUUAUAAAUUGAAAUCUCUCGAGAGAUUCUAUUUUAAAGGUUGCUCGAGAUUGGAGAUUUUCCCAGAAAUCUUGGACACCAUGAAGAUGUUGUACGAACUUGAUUUAAGCGGAACGGCUUUGAAGGAAUUACCAUCCUCAAUUGGCAAUCUUAUUGGUCUUGUGCAUUUGAGCUUGGAUGACUGUGAAAACCUUGUUCGCCUUCCUGACAGCUUUUAUAAAUUGAAAUCUCUCGAGAGAUUCUAUUUUAAAGGUUGCUCGAGAUUGGAGAUUUUCCCAGAAAUCUUGGACACCAUGAAGAUGUUGUACGAACUUGAUUUAAGCGGAACGGCUUUGAAGGAAUUACCAUCCUCAAUUGGCAAUCUUAUUGGUCUUAAGGAUUUGAAUAUGAACAACUGUAAAAACGUUGUUUUCCUUCCUGACAGCUUUUAUAAAUUGAAAUCUCUCAGGAGAUUCUAUCUUAAAGGUUGCUCGAGAUUGGAGAUUUUCCCGGAAAUCUUAGACACCAUGAAGAGGUUGUAUGAACUUGAUUUAAGCGGAACGGCUUUGAAGGAAUUACCAUCCUCAAUUGGCAAUCUUAUUGGUCUUAAGGAUUUGAAUAUGAACAACUGUAAAAACGUUGUUUUCCUUCCUGACAGCUUUUAUAAAUUGAAAUCUCUCAGGAGAUUCUAUCUUAAAGGUUGCUCGAGAUUGGAGAUUUUCCCGGAAAUCUUGGACACCAUGAAGAGUUUGUAUGAACUUGAUUUAAGCGGAACGGCUUUGAAGGAAUUACCAUCCUCAAUUGGCAAUCUUAUUGGUCUUAAGGAUUUGAAUAUGAACAACUGUAAAAAUCUUGUUUGCCUUCCUGACAGCUUUUGUAAAUUGAAAUCUCUUACAACAUUCCGUCUUCAUGGUUGCUUGAGAUUGGAGAUUUUCCCGGAAAUCAUAGACACCAUGGAGAGGUUGUAUGAACUUGAUUUAAGCGGAACGGCUUUGAAGGAAUUACCAUCCUCAAUUGACAAUCUUGUUGGUCUUAAGUAUUUGAGCUUGAACGACUGUGAAAACUUUGUUUGCUUUCUUGACAGCUUUUUUAAAUUGAAAUCUCUUUUGUGUCUUAGUCUUUGUGGUAGUUCAAAUCUAAUCGUAAAAAACUUGUUUACUGCGGUUGGAGACAGACCAGUGAAUCAGAAUGAUCCCCAUGGGUUUUCCUCUUUGAAGAAGUUAGAAUUAUCUGAAAGCAAUCUCGAGAACUUGCCCACAACUAUCAAACAAUUUCCUUUGCAUGAGUUAAUCUUGCGGAAUUGCAAGAGACUGAAAUCAUUACCAGAGCUUCCACCAAGCCUGGAAUGUUUAGAUGCACAUGACUGUACUUCAUUAGAGGAUGUCUCAAGCAUUAAGAAGUUUUUUAAGCAACCACUGUUUUGUCAGGACAAACCAUAUCGAAGUUUGGUUUUGAAUUUUAGCAACUGCUUCAAACUGGGUGAGAAAGGUGUGGGGAAUGAUAUAGAUGCAGAGGACAGCACUUCACUAGAGGAAGUCUCAAGCAUUAAGAAGGUUUUUAAGCGAGCAGUGUUUUGUAAAUCCUUGGGUUGGCUAUUUACCAACUGCUUCCAACUGGAUCAGAAAGCUGCAAGCGGUCCAGAAACACCAAAGUUGGAGAUGCCAUUUGAGCAUAUGGUCACUCUACUAAAAGAUUAUCAUCAGGCACCCCCAGAAAGCAAAAAAAGAGCUUGCAUUAUUACAUGCGUCCCUGGAAGUGAAAUCCCGGAAUGGUUUGAUUUCAAAAGCUUAGGAUCUUCCAUGAACAUCCAAUUGCCAUCAGAGUGGUGCUCUAAUAAUAGCUGGAUAAACUUUCCAAGUUUCGUUGCUUCUGCUGUUGUUUCAUUCCCAGACUCUUAUACUGGUGGGGAAUUUGGCAUUACAUGUGAAUGUCAUCUAAAAUCCCGUAACCGCGACGAUCGUUGCUUUAGUUGUUAUUCCUACUUUUCGUUUGGAAGUCGAUUGUCAGAUCACGUGUUCCUCGUGUAUGAUGGUUUCAAAGUUAGGGAGAUGGUUAAAAGUAAGGCAUCAAACAACCGUAUUUACAUUGAAGCCACCUGUAAUUUCUACCUUGAAGGGCUGGAUUCCUCACAAUGCGAGGUAAAACAGUGCGGAGUUCAUCGAUUAUUUGCAAAUUAAGGAUUCAAAGUGUGACAGCUCAAUGAUGUUUCAACCUCAUAAUUAAUACUGAAUUUCAGAACUUAAAUAUGUUUACAAAAUAUUUAGCAUAAUUAUUAUUGGUUUUAUUUAUAAUUGUAAGAGAUUUCUAUUAAUCUUUAUUUUUGGCUCAAAAUUUUA